CUCCAAUCACUUUCCUCCUCCCUUCCAACUCCCUUCUGAAUGUCCUCUUCAAGGAAGAAAAUUCAAGAUAGAGGAAAGAAGACAACAGAAGAAAGAGCUGCAGAGUUUGUAUCCAUCGCUACUGUAGAUAACACAAAACAACACGUAUUGAACACUACAACGCCCUGCGCUGCCUGCAAGCUUCUACGCAGGCGGUGUGUGUUGGAGUGUCCUUUUUUCCCCUACUUCUCUCCCAGUGAGCCCCAAAAGUUUGCAGCCACUCACAAGGUCUAUGGUGCUAGCAAUGUCUCCAAGAUGCUAAUGAAGGUCCCGGAAGCACAGAGAGCUGAUACAGCACGCAGCUUAGUCUAUGAGGCCAACUUAAGGCUUCAAGAUCCAGUUUAUGGAUGCAUGGGAGCGAUCAUAGUUCUUCAGAAACAAGUAAAUGAGCUUGAAACUGAGCUCCGACGACUGAAAGAAGAGCUCUUGAAGAAUUCAUACAGCGUGAUCCCUUCGUCGACGCACGGCUCCUCCACCGAGCAGUGGCCGCAGCUGCCGGAGUUUCCCUCAGCUUCAUCUUCCAUGUUUAUAAACACUGAGUGGCAGAAUCAAAAUAUGAAAUGAGUGUGCAAGAAUAUCUAUAUCUAUAUAUCUCACUUUCAUAAAAUGGAGAGCUUUUAUGUAAUAUAUGAAUACAAAAAAAUUUAUGUGUAAAGUUUUUAUGUUAUGCAUGAUUAAAAAAGACCAAUUUUUUCUUAAAUUUAUGAUAGGA